UCAUGGGCGAGUUUAGAAAGGACGCCGGCUGAUUGUGCGACGCUGUCGUGAAAGGAAGUGCUGACGUCGCGCUUUUCGGCAUUGCCUGCUGCUUCUGUUUUUUUGGCGGUUGAGGGAGUGAGGGGAGAAUGUUCGGGGGCUCGGAAGAGGAUGACGCAGACUUCCUGUCUCCCACAGGCGGAGCCAGGUUGGCCUCUCUCUUUGGACUGGAUCAAACGGUCACAGGCACAGGGAAUGAAUUUUUUCAGUACACAGCACCCAAACAGCCUAAAAAGGGCCAACCAGUUACUGCUGCUGGUCCACCAUCGCAGAAGUCGCCUACUCCCACUCCUGCUUCAGGAGCACCAUCUGUCUUCAUUGCUACAGCUGUUCAUGCAUAUCGGUUUGUAAAUGGGCAAUAUGUGAAACAAGGAAAAUAUGGAGCAGCUGUAGUGGGGAGCCACCCUACCAAGGAGUACAGAAUCCUUCUUUACAUCAGUCAGCAGCAGCAGGUCACAGCAGCCAGGAUCCAUUCAGGGUUUGUACUCACGGUGCAACCCAACAACUACAGUACGUUUUAUGAUGAACAAAGACAGAAUUGGUCCGUCAUGUUUGAGUCAGAAAAGGCAGCUGUGGACUUCAGCAAGCAGCUAUGCAUUGCCAAAUAUAACAGCAUUCCUUCCCCUGAUUCAGUGCUGCAUCAGGAUCUGAUUCUUGGAGAAGGUCAAGGUGUGGAAAUAGGAGACUCCUUGGAGGUUGCCUUUACGGGUUGGCUGUUCCAGAACUGCGGACUAGGACAGGUGUUUGACUCAAAUGUUAACAAAGACAAGCUUCUGCGUCUGAAACUGGGCUCCGGCAAAGUCAUAAAGGGCUGGGAAGAAGGGAUGAUGGGCAUGAAGAAAGGAGGAAGGCGUUUUUUCCUUGUUCCACCAGCAUUGGCUUAUGGGCCACAGGGAGUAGCCAAUCGCAUUCCUCCAGACUCAACACUUGCCUUUGAAGUAGAAGUCAAGCGGGUGAGGCUUGUGAAGGAUUCAGGCUCCAAUGGACAGAACCUAGGCCCCAGAGAUUCUCUUUUGCCUUCCCCUGGACCAAGCCAGGAAAACCUCUGCACAGAUCCUGCAGGAUUGCUUCCCUCAACGCUACCUCCAAAACCAGGGGAACCUGCAGUGCGGGUGAAAUCAAACUCCAUCAGUGAACAACUAGCAAAUCCCGAUGUAGCGAAAGCAAAGCUGAUUUCACGGAUGGCAAAGAUGGGGCAGCCCAUGCUGCCUUUCCUUGCAGGCACAGCUCCAGCUCAGCUUGAUUCAAGUGAUUCAGAGAUGGAGGACCCAAAUUCCUUGCGAGGAGCAGCAGCACAGCCAGCAGCAUCCUCCCCCUUGAAGCCAUCCCCUCAAACAAGCCUGCCUCAGAUGAUGGCACAAGUGCCUCAGCCUGCUGUCUCGGGAUUGCAAAUGCCCUCUGGUGCCCUAAUGCCUGCAGCCCUUCCGACACAUUCAGCUGUUCCUGGAACAGCCCAGAGUUUUCAGCCAUAUGCAGGGGUGACAUAUGCUUACCCACAAGCCACUGCUGCAGCUUCCCAGCUCCAACCUGUUGGGCCAAUGUACCCGUCUCCUUUUCAAGCUGGAGACAUUGGUUCAUUCCUGAUGACGGAGGCCAGGCAGCAAAACACAGAAAUCCGCCUGGCGGUUGGCAAAGUGGCUGAUAAAAUAGAUCAGCUAGCAGACAAGGUGAAGGAGCUACAAAAGGAAAACCCCAGCCAUAGUUUGUUGCCAGGGAGCUCCUCUGUUACCAUGGAAACAGCCAUGAUCAUGAGCAACAUCCAGCGCAUCAUCCAAGAGAAUGAGAGGCUGAAGCAAGAGAUUUUUGAGAAAAGCAGCCGGAUUGAGGAGCAAAACGAGAAGAUCAGUGAGCUAAUUGAUCGCAACCAGAGAUAUGUAGAGCAGAGCAACCUGUUGAUGGAGCAAAGGAACACUUCACUGCAGAUGAACAAUGAGCACACGCAGGCAAGAGUCUUGCAUGCUGAGCAGGAGAAGGUCAAGGUGGCUGAGGAGCUGGCAGCUGCCACAGCACAGAUCUCUCGGCUUCAGCUGGAGCUGACCGAUCACCAGAAAAAGGAGAUGGAUUUACGUUCCCAGUUGAACAUUGCCCUGAAGGAGGCAGAGAGACAUGGAACACAACUCAACCAGCUGCAGGCCCAACUGGCGGAGCUUCGACAAUCAUCUGAGGAUACCCAGAACAAAUUCCAAUUUGAAAAGCAAAGCCGAAGACAGCUGGAUGCCAAGUUGACAGCUCUGGAAGAAGAGUUGUCUGACCUGCGUGUGGAAAAGGAGAAUCUGGAGAAGAACCUCUCUGAAAGGAAGAAGAAAUCCCUCUUAGAGAGAGGACAGGCUGAAGAGGAGAUGGAAGAGAUUCGCAGAUCUUAUCAAGAAGAGCUGGACAAACUCCGGCAGCUGCUGAAAAAGGCCCGGACAUCGACUGAUGAAGCAGCUUCUGAGCAGCUGUCUCUUAUGCAGGUGGAACUGGAAUCCCAGUGGGAAGCCAAAUGUGAGCGUAUGCUGAGCUCUGCCAAGGAACAACAUGCCCGCCAAUACCAGGAAGUGUGUGAGCAGAGAGAUGCCCAACAGCAGAAAGUCUCCCAGCUAGAAGAGAAAUUACUCCUGCUCAAAACCACAAGAAGUUCAGAGGAUGAGAAGCUCUCUGUGUUGCAGGAGCAGCUGGAACAGCUUGAACCUGUGAAAAACAAGUACUUGGCCUUACAGUCCCAGGUAGCUGCUCUCAAGGUCCACUAUGAGGAGCGGAUCCAGGAACUUGAAAAGCACCAUGGGAGGCCUUCAUCUGUAGACUCUACAGAAGAGGUAAAAAAGAUCAUGAAUCGAGUGUUUCAGUCUCUGCGGGGUCAGUUUGAGCUAGAAGAGUCCUAUACUGGCAGAGAAGUCCUGGGCAUCGUCAUGAACACUAUCAAGACAGUAACAUUACAGCUGCUGGAGAGACAUGAGGAGAGGGAAGAGAGCAGCAGUGAGGAGGAUGCACCGGGCCCUGCAGAGCAGAAAAGGACAAGCCCUGUAGGCCUGGAAAAGGAGCCCAGAAUCGAUCCUGCACAUGAACCAUCCAUUACAGUGCCUUCAGUUCCCCCUGAACUUCCAAAGGAGGCAUUGGCUCAACUUCCUUCUGCCUCUCCAGAAGGAGUCCAGAGCAGCCUGGCUCCUGCAGUGUCUGAGGCACAGGCCUUAGAAUCACAUAGAGAACAGACCCUUUCAGCCUUGAAUCAGGCCACAAAGCUGGAAGUCUCAGACCUCCUGGCCAGUGAGGAGGAGGGACCCUCCAGUUGCUCUGAACAGGUGGAGACAAGAGCUCAGAAUGAAACCUGUACAGUAAACUCAGCACUUGCUGCAGCAGGAGCUCCAGAGCCUUCCAAGCCAGCAGCUGACGAGGCAGAGCACAAGGUGAAAGAACCCUCACUGGGCCCAGAUUACAGAGGAGCAGAGAGUUGCUUGGAUGCUUCAAAUCAGAAUGCUGAAAUUGCCAUGGCAGCUGACAAGUAUGGCUCAGCAGACAUCCAGGAAGAAGCAGCACCCAGUUCUUCCCAAGUAGAUUCUGGCCUCCCUGAAGACCAGGGAAGUAUGUUUAAAGCUGUAACUCGAAAGCCUCAUACGCCAGGAGGGCCACUGGAAGACAACGAGGAUGAAGAAUUGAGCAUGAAGGGCCGGCCUCCUCCAACCCCCCUCUUUGGGGAAGAUGAUGAUGAUGACGACGACGACCUGGAUUGGCUUGGGUGAGCAACUGGACAAACAACAUGGCAAGACUUUGCGGGUGCAAAGUAAUGGCAGAGCAGCCAUGGCCUGAAAUGGAUGAAACCAUUUUAGAGGAGCUCCCUGGAUUGCUUGGGCAGCCUCUGCAAGUUACUGACCAUUACUUGCACUGUGUGGGGUUGAGGACCAUGUCCCUGCCUUAUGAGCCUGGACUGAUUCAAGAAGCCAGCCUCUCUCUUGCUCACAUGCCCGCAUCUGUCCUACUAAUCCUACUUAUGCAAACAAGGAGAUGGAGGAGGAGCUGGAAGUGUACCCUCUCCAGCAGCAGGAUUCCCUCUCCAUUUGAAUGUCAGUACAAAGGCUCGGAGCUGUUCUGCUCUUUCCCUCCAACUACCUGGAUCUUGGAUGCUUUUUGCAAAAAUUCCGUAAUUCCAACUCCUGCCUUUGCGUACUUAGAUUGCAGGCAGGUGUAGGUUGGCUAGGAUUGUGGGACGGGAUCCUUCCCUGUGAUGCCUUGCUUCCACACUGGAGGUGGGGUGGCUGGGGCAGGGAAUGUAGUUAGCAUUUUGUUUUCUCUGGUGCUUGAGGGAGGGUCUGGCCCUUUAGCACUGGCAGUUCCUUAUGAUCCCACUCGCUGCUGGGAAUUUAAAUGGUUAGAGGCCUCCAAAAGCUGAGAGACAACAUGCAUGGGUGACCCUACUAUUGUUUUCCUGGAUGAGAGGUAGUGACUUCUGCUCUCUUGGCCCCGGGCAUAUUUCUGGUGACCUUUAAUCCUGUUAACCUAAGUGUGUGUUGCAGGGGAAAGAGCAUCUGUGGCUUACCAUCAAACCUGAUGAAAUGUUAAACUCGUCCUGGGUAGCCUUUUGCCUUUAACUUGUUUUGCACAACACAACUUUUUUUUUUACCUCCAGUGUAAAAUGCCUAUUUAAAGAAGUGGUUUCAGGGCACUCCUGAGCCUCCCCCACCCAUAUGUGAACCUUCCUAAUAUCUAUGUCUGGGGCAGAUUAUUGAUCUUUUUUUUUAACCUGGCAUAUGAGACGAGCAGUUUAUCUUAUCCUUGGGGCACAAAGAGGUAUUUAAAAUGAACUAUUACAUAUGUACUUCUUAGGGGUACUUUGGAUAUUACCUCUUUUUUUGCCUCUUUGUGUCAUCAUGAGUUUGCAGGGUGAGCAGUUAAGUUCUUUUUGAACUGGCUGGAUACAACGUGAAUCUUCUCCAGCUCUGCUGGAAUUCUACUCAUGAAAAAAGUUCUCUAAUCAUGUCAUCCUGUGAUCACAUGCACAAUUCCCCCGUGGCCACAUGGAACUAUUUUUGAAGUUGCCUCAACAGGAUAACCAUCUUGUUCACAGUGACCAUUGGUUACAAGAUGUUGUGUUGUUUCUGUAUGGGGGGCAGUCAGCAUACUUUAUUCAGGGGAGAAUGGAUAUUUAAAUUCAUUAUUCUGUCUGGCAUACUCAGUCUGUUAUUUUAUUCUAAGAUUUGGUUGCUGCUUUUCUCCCCUCUCCCCCACAUCAUAAUGUUUAGUUUUAGACCUGAUAGGAAAAAGAAACAUGGGGAAACAGAGCAUUUUGAAGGAAAUUAAAGCUUUUGAAUUCAGGUGGCUUAAAACAAGCCAGAUCCUGCCUUCUCUCACCACUAGUCACAGCUUCUCUGUAUCACCCUCUUGGCCUCAGCGGCAAGCAUGGUACUGAGCAGUUUGGAAAUGAAACUUACCAGUGCCAUGGCUCUUCCCUUGUUUAAAUCUUGAAAGAAUCAUAACGUGAUCUGACUUCUUGGAAAAUAAAAGUGCAAUUUAAAAUA